AUGUGUCACGGCCAAAUCGAAGCUGAGAGGAAAAAGGCGUCGACAAUGAUUGUUCUGAGCACGGUGGCGUUGGUUAAAGCAGCUUAUUCGCUUAACGGCUUCGUCUUUGAAGCCGAAGACAUCGGAUUCGAUUCGCCGUGGUGGUUCGUAGUCGUCGGCGUGGCUUGUCUCCUCGUUCUAUUCGCCGGGAUAAUGUCGGGACUCACGCUUGGACUAAUGUCCCUUGGCCUCGUCGAGCUAGAGAUCCUCCAACAGAGUGGCUCCUCCGCCGAGAAAAAACAGGCCGGCACUGAUUCUGGCUGUAACGACCCUCGUGAUGGAGAGUCUCUAUUCUUACUCUUGAUGGCUGCUAUCUUACCCGUGGUUAAGAAGCAGCAUCAACUUCUUGUGACUCUGCUUCUAUGCAAUGCAGCUGCCAUGGAGGCCCUUCCUAUAUGCCUGGAUAAGAUAUUUCACCCCUUUGUGGCUGUGUUGCUCUCAGUUACUUUUGUUCUUGCUUUUGGGGAGAUCAUUCCGCAAGCUAUAUGCUCAAGAUAUGGACUUGCUGUCGGCGCAAAUUUUUUGUGGCUGGUUCGUAUUUUGAUGAUAAUCUGCUAUCCGAUUGCUUACCCCAUUGGAAAGGUUCUUGAUGCCGUAAUUGGGCAUAAUGACACACUUUUCAGGCGAGCUCAGCUGAAAGCCCUUGUCUCAAUUCACAGCCAAGAGGCUGGUAAGGGAGGGGAACUCACACACGAGGAAACAAUGAUUAUAAGUGGAGCCCUCGAUUUGAGCGAGAAGACUGCCGAGGAGGCUAUGACGCCAAUUGAAUCAACAUUUUCCCUGGAUGUAAAUACAAAGCUAGACUGGGAAACAAUUGGAAAAAUACUUUCUCGAGGUCAUAGCCGAAUCCCGGUCUACUUAGGGAAUCCGAAAAAUAUCAUUGGGCUUCUAUUGGUUAAGAGCCUUCUAACUGUACGAGCAGAGACAGAGACACCUGUAAGUUCUGUUUCCAUCAGGAAGAUCCCUAGGGUUCCAUCAAACAUGCCGUUGUACGAUAUCCUCAACGAAUUUCAAAAGGGAAGCAGUCACAUGGCCGCGGUUGUCAAAGUUAAAGACAGAGAGAAAAAGACUAAUACGCAGUUAUUGAGUAAUGGCGAAAUACUUCAAGAAACUACGAACUUUUACCCGAGUCCUCAUCUAACGGCUCCUUUGCUGAAGCAUGCUGUUGAUGAACCGCGUGAUGUUGUUGUUGUUGAUAUUGAUAAAGUACCAACACAUGUGAAAAACAGGGGAAGAAAUUUCCAACAGAACGGUAUUGUGAAAAGGGACUUACCUCGUUUGCUGGAAGAUAACGAGGAUGCGGAAGUGAUUGGCAUCAUCACGUUAGAAGAUGUCUUUGAAGAACUUCUACAAGCGGAAAUCGUGGAUGAAACCGACGUUUACAUUGAUGAGUAUCAAAGCAAGGUAGGAGUAGCCGUGAAGAAGCUUGUGGGGGAAAGAAGCACGAGGAACGAAGAAUUACACAACAAGAAUGAAUUAGCCUCUUUUAGCAGAAUCAGAUAG